CUAACAUGCCAAUAUCUGAGCCACCUCCUGAUACAGGCAGGUAUGAGCAGCUAACAUCAGCCAGUCUGCUAAUUUCUGUCGUUGGAACUUCCAUGUAUCAUAUUGCUUCAAAACCAGCAUAGCCACUUUGUGAGAAGUUCGACAUCGACAAACCAGAAAUGACUUCACAAAUCCGCCAAAACUUCCACCAGGACUGCGAGGCUGCUAUCAACAGACAGAUAAACCUGGAGCUCUAUGCCUCCUAUGUUUAUCUCUCUAUGGCAUACUAUUUUGAUAGGGAUGAUAAAUCCCUACCAAAUUUUGCAAAGUUCUUUCACGCGCAGUCUAAAGAGGAGCGCAGUCAUGCAGAGAAGAUGAUGAGCCUGCAGAACAAACGGGGAGGUAGAAUUUUCCUGCAGGACAUUAGGAAACCUGAUAGAGAUGAGUGGGGGAGUGGCCUGGAGGCUUUGGAGUGCGCCUUACAGCUGGAGAAAAGUGUAAACCAAUCCCUGCUGGACCUGCAGAAAAUGGCGACUGAGCACAGCGAUCCUCAUAUGUGUGACUUCAUAGAAACACAUUUCCUGGAUGAGCAAGUCAAAUCUAUCAAAGAGCUCGCUGACUUGAUAUCCAACCUGCGCCGCAUGGGAGCCCCUCAGAAUGGCAUGGCUGAGUACCUCUUUGACAAACACACCAUGGUUGACGAGGGUAGUUAAACUACUGUGACACUGAUGACCAUCCCGGUCACCGCUGCAUGCCAGCUCGCCCCUUGUCCUUAACAUGUACUGCAUAUAAUACAGAUAGCGCUGCUUUAUUUAUGUUUGUUGGCUGUCGAUCAACUGCAGUUUGCAAAAGGCUUCAAUAACUCUAAACUGACCUCACCUAGAAAUAAAGACUGAGCAAAUCUAAUUCAUGACA